AACACUUUCCAUGUUUACAGUGUGGAAUACCUUAGCUGCUAUACGACGUGUCUCGUGGAAUUGACGGCGCGGCAAUUCAAGCUUUGAACCAAUAUUGAGCGGAGCACAUCAAUAUUCGAAUAAUGGCGGAGCCUCAGAUCAUACCAGCUCGCCAUGGCGUCGCCACAUUUGUUCCCGCUGGACAAUGUAUCAAGAUCAUCAACACCUCGGGCACGCAAGUGGUCGACACGUGGGCCUUUGCCCUGCCACAGCCCGCGCCCAAGCGCGAUGUAGACGAGGGCACCAAGGCCAAGGAAGAGGCCGGCAAGCAAGAGACGGCCAAUGCAGCCGACAAGAUCAAGAGUAAGAACAACAAUGGCUUUCCUAGUCAGGAGGAGGCGGAGAAGGCUACGCGGGAGGGCCAUGCGCAAGCAGAGCAGCAGCAGCAAGAUUCGCAGAAGAAGAGCGGCUGGAGCUCCUACAUGCCUUCUAUACCUACCUCCUUGGGCCUGGCCAAGAAAAGCGAUGGAGAGCAAGCAAAGGACAAGGCUGGGAGUUCUAGUGAGACGCAGCAGCAGAAGAACUCCCGAACAUGGGCCUCGUACUUCUCGCCGGGCAAAGCGUUUUCCUCGUACAUACCCGAGGUUGCGACAGAUACUGUGUCCAAGUUUGUGAAUGUGCACUCGAGAGAUACGAACAAGACCUAUAUUCAGCAGCUUGCUGAUUUCUCAAAGACUCCCGUGGGCGCAGCAGGCAUGUCGGCCUUCACCGGCUCCGGGUAUAGCGGAUCUCUCUACGCUGGUUAUCAGGCAUGGAACGCCAAGAAUGCGGCUGAUGCUCCCAGCGUGGAGUUCAUGUCCAUGUCGCACACGCGUUCAUGUACGCUCCAUCUGGUGCCCAAGCAGAACGACGUCCUCGUCACAAAUUUACGGGAGCCCAUACUCAAGGUGAUCGAGGACAAGUCGCCAGGCAUCCAUGAUACGCUCAUUCCAGCAUGCGAUCCUCCUCGAUACCGGGCUCUAGGUGUGGAUCAUUGGGAGGAGCAUGGCUCAUGUGCGGAGAACCUAGUUCUCGCACUAAAAGAGCUGAACGAGCGGGCGGGAUUGAAGGGAGCGAAAGCGAUUGGAGCAGACGUAACUAUCAAUAGCGUUCCUGCUCCCCUCAACCUGUUUAUGAACAUCCCUUGGGACGACGAGGGUGACAUCAGCUUUGACGGGCCCCAAGGUAAAGCGGGCGACUAUAUUCGACUGCGCGCCGAGCGUGACGUUGUGGUAGUGAUGAGCGCAUGCCCGAACGAUGUGAAUGGCAUUAACGGCGAAAAGAUUAGCGAUGCCAACUUCAUCGUGGAAGAGGAAGGUGUCACUUCAGCUAUCAAAAGGACCCAGCCGAAGAAGAAUAAGAAGAUGGCGCCAAAGAUGACGACUGCCUCGCCUAAUGCCACUCCUAGUCCUGCACAGGCUGUUAGCUCGCCAUCGCACACAGCGGCGAAGAAGAAGACUCCUGUGUCGCCCAGCAUAGUCUCAGGCAAGAAGGAGUCCUCACAAUCUUCUCCAAUACCAGGAAAGGCACCACCUCCAACGAAGCCACCGCCAGCCAAGGCUGCUCCAGCGCCUGCGAAGACGCCCAAUCCUACAGCACAGAAGGCGACUGCAGCGAGGCCGACAAAGAAGCCUGCGCCGGCUCCAGUAAAACCACAAACCUCACUCAAAUCUGAUUCAUCUGUGACUCCUGUCGAGAGGAAGAAACCCAGAAAAUUGGUUAGGCAGCCCGCGCAAUCAUAAUGCAAGUCUGAUUGGUGCGAAUGGGGGGGAGGGUGGCCCCGUCAAGAACGGUAAAAUGCAUACGUGCUGAGUUGAGUGAAUGGUAAUGAUCUAACAUAACUCAGUAGUUGCAGUUCAAACAGAUGUAAAUCAUUGUUAUUAAAUUGAGCCGGCACACGUAACCGCCAGUCUUACUUAGCUCUAAGUAGUAGGUAGUUUCUGUCGGAGCUUUCCGGCAUUUUUAUAGACCGAGAAGAUAACAAA